CUUCGUAUUCCACAAUUCAUGUAAGAAUGACAACCAGUAGGCUACGGUGAAAGCAGAAAUUCAUAUUUCAAGUGUGACCCACAUAAUGACGAAGGAUGGAAGUGGUUGGGCUUAUUUGAACAUACAUUUUUAGAGUGCGGUACUACCAGUGCCUGUUUUACUGCGAAAACACACUGCUAAACCAGCGAGAAGAGAGGAAGGAGGGAGUGUCUAUUUGUCGGGUGGCUUAUUGCACUGAAGCUUCUCUCCAUCUCUCAGCCUUCCCAGCAAAGACGCCAACGGAGAGAAUAUCUGGGAGAAAUCGGACAGCGUGAUGAUAGGGAAAGACCCAGUCUGAGCCAGUUGUCAACUCCAGUGGAAGAGCCUCUGCCUGAGCUUUGCGGACCUUGCUUUACCUCCUAUCUUUCCACCUGGGUCACUGGAUCUCCUGACAACAUCACUUUCUUAGCUCUUCCCCAAGACACGGCUCUAUACCCCGGGGUGCAAACCCUGUCCAUCUCCCUCUGGUUCCCUGGACCCACUUCACCCUCACCUCUCCCCCAGCAACCCUUCCCCUCCCUGGGCCGAGAUAUAGAUGUCUGUGCCCUCGGCCUUGGAGUUCCACUGGCAGAGCCUGGCUCGGCUGCCCAGCGGGCGUGUCUACCACUCCCUGGCAGAGGUGGGGGGGCAGAUGUACAUGCUGGGGGGCUGUGAUGCUGCAGGGAGGCCCUCCCCAGCCCUGGAACUCUACUCUCCAGAGGGGGAUCGGUGGCUGAGCCUUCCCCCCAUGCCCACCCCUCGGGCGGGUACGGCCGUGGCGGUGCUGGGCAAGCAGAUCCUGGUGGUGGGCGGUGUAGGGGAUGACCAGCGCCCUCUGAAGGUGGUAGAGGUGUACAACACAGAGGAGGGGAGGUGGAGGAAGAGGAGCGCCCUCAGAGAAGCACUGAUGGGGGUGGCCAUCAUUGUGAAAGAUGGACGUGCGUUGGCUGUAGGGGGUAUGGGUGCAGACCUGCUCCCCCGUAGUAUACUGCAGCAGUAUGACAUGAGGAAGGACGUGUGGGCACUACUGCCCCCUAUGCCCACACCGCGGUAUGACGCUACCGCACACCUGCUGGGCAACAAGAUCUACGUGGCAGGUGGGCGUCAGUGUAAACGCACGUUGAAGGUCUUCGAGGUAUACGACUCAGAGACACGCUCCUGGACUACACUACCCAACAUGCCGUGCAAACGUUCGUACGGGGGCAUGUUCUGGGACAGUUYGGGGAGGCUGUGUCUGCUGGGGGGGCUGAGGAAGGGAGGAGGCCACCAGAGCUCCAAAUUCACCAAGAACGUCAACAUCUUUGAUACUAACCAGGGGUCAUGGCUGAAGUCAGAGGACACGGUGGCCAUGAAGACUAAGAGGGCUGACUUCGCCUCAGCUUUCCUCAGGGGCAGGAUGGUUGUAGCAGGAGGACUUGGUCACCAACCCUCAGUUCUCGACACGGUGGAAGCCUUCCACCCUCAGAAGAGGAAGUGGGAGAGACUGGUUCCUAUGGCAAUGCCACGAUGCUCCGCCUCCUCCAUCGUCAUCAGGGACCGCCUGCUGGUGGUUGGAGGAGUUAACCAGGUCCCUAGUUCAGCCCAUGAGAUCCUGUACGUGAAAGAGGAGGAGUGUCUGUAGGCUCAAGGACAUGUCCCUUACAUGAUGAUAGACAGCAGGAAGACAGCAAGAAGAUUCCUGGAACAUUCUAUUCAAGAUCAGUGGCUCCAGUGCUUUUCAGAAUGGCUGCUGGUCUUGGACAAGUGCAAUAUUUUCCAAAGAUCUACAGCAGAAUAGUAAGGAAGGGGAAGUCAUGCCACAAACACAGAACAUUGCUCUCUGCUGGGUUGUCUAUACACACUCAAACAAACACAGAUUAGAUCCCACACACAGAAUUGAUCCCAAUAAUAACCAUACUGACUCACAGCAUCCAAAUAUACUCUACACAGACGAGGAGCUGGUUUUCUCUGUAAAUAAGUUAUAUAUACGAGUUUUAGUAAUGAGAAGAUUCCUCUGCACUGUGUGUGUGAUAUCCCUUUAGGGCAAGGCUCUCCAACCCUGUUCCUGGAGAGCUACCGUCCUGUAG